GCUCAUGUAUCCAAAAUACAACCCACAAACUCCACAUUAAUCAGAUAGCAAUCAAGAAACACCAACAAACCAAAAGAAUGGCAGUCUGUUCAUUACACUUUACAUCACCUAAACUUCAAACCUUAACACCAAAACCCACUUUCAAGGCUUCUUUAACUCCUUUUAUUAACAAGAAGCAAAUAUUCCAAGUUGGUGUUGGAAUUUUGGCUGCUUCAAUAGUUACUUCAACACCUUUGAAUGCUGAUGCUACAAGAAUUGAAUAUUAUGCUACUACUGCUGAGCCUACUUGUGAGUUUAAUUAUGUUCGCUCUGGACUUGGGUAUUGUGAUAUUGCUGUUGGGUCUGGUCAAGAAGCUCCAUAUAAUCAGCUUGUUAAUAUUCACUAUACUGCGAGGUUUGCGGAUGGUAUAGUUUUUGACAGCAGCUAUAAACGUGGUCGAGCCCUGACAAUGCGCCUCGGCAUGGGCAAGGUGAUCAAGGGAUUAGAUCAGGGAAUCUUGGGAGGUGAAGGGGUACCACCAAUGCUAGUUGGUGGAAAACGUAAGCUUCAGAUUCCUCCACAUUUGGCAUAUGGACCAGAACCAGCAGGCUGCUUUUCAGGGGACUGCAAUAUUCCUGGAAAUGCAACACUUAUAUAUGACAUCAAAUUCGUUGAACUCUACUCGGGAAACAGGAAAUUGUGAUAUGAUGAGAAAUCUGAAGCUCAAGCACAACUAAUCUAGAGCCUAUUGGUUGUUCAGGAGCAAAAAAGAAAGAUGGAGGCAGUAAAUUGCUCGAAGAAAUAUAGGUAAUUUUGGGAGCAAAAAAUCCUUGAAGACAGUGUCCUUAAUACGCCUCUAACUAAAUCCUAAUCUCAAUAAUUUCUAACACACUUAAGGAUAUUUAACACUUUGCGUCAAUUGCACAUCCCACAAACGAUGUGGGGCUACUAACAAUGCUCCAGAUGAUGCAAAGGGGAAUGGUCUUCUUUGUCUCUUUCCUCAUUUUCUGGCUUUGCCAACUGCAUAGGCUUGCUUUACAUUUGGUGACAUUCCAAUGACUCCAUUUCAGAUGCUGUUCCUAGAGAAGAUGAAUCCAUGCAAUGAUUUUAUGUAUGGGUUCUGGUGAUAUUUCAAGAAUUUUUGACCUCUAAUAUGGUCAUUAACUUUAUUGAGGUAAAGAAUGAAUUCAGAUUAGAUACUUACCAAAAGAUAACUAUAAUACUCCAUGAAUUCAGAUAUAGAAUUAUAAAGUUUGUCAAAAGCUGUUCUACAGUGUCUUUUGCCUAUUAUUGCUUUAUGCUGUGGUGCUGAAAGUUCUUCUUUGGAUAGAAAUCUUUGAGUUCCUAACUUUUGGCACCAUAAUUGGUUAGAUCAAGGCAGCAUGUAUGGAAAAUAUAUACCGGUAAAUCAACCGUGUUCAUAUUGUAGCUCGUGAUUAGGAACACUUUUCACAGGAAUGGCUUAGCAAGCACUCAUUCUUCUGAGUGUUUUGGUAUGACAUAUUUGUUUUGAGCUACUUGAAAUCUGUAGGCUUAGAGGGUAACAAGUUUCAAUGCCAUGCAGGUUGCAUAGCUAUCACUUGAAGAUCUUAUGUAGAAAAAAUUGACUUCUCAUUUCUUUAGUGAUGUGGGCCUUGUUUUAUAUACUGACAUAACGUUGAUCUCUUGACAUAGGAUCCGCCCGGAAUUCUUUGGAAUGAAGAUAUAGAGCAAAAGGUGACAGUUUCUUGAAUAAAAUUAAGUCAAGAAUUA